UAAUAUUUGCAAUUCUUGUCUCGGGAUAAUAAACCUAUCUACACCACCGUAUAUAUACAUGUGUGGGUGUGUGGGUGUGUGCACAGACACACUUGGUAUUUCCCUUGUUCAUAAACAUUGAACAGACUCGUCGGAGUCUUAUUAUUAUUUUUAUGAGACCCAACUUUUUUUAAUUUUGGGCCACACCCAAGAAAAUGUUUGCCAAAGCUUUCUUCAGACCCAUAACACGAAUUAGUCUACGUACAAUGUCAACAGAACGCGAACAACAAGUCAUUUCAAACUUGAACAAAGUCAGAAAAGAAGUUGCUGAACUUAGCAACACUGCUCGUUUGGUUGCUGUCAGUAAAUACAUGCCAGCUGAAGAUAUCGAAUAUGCCGCCAAAACUGGUCAGACUCAUUUUGGUGAAAACUAUGUUCAAGAGUUGGUUGAAAAGAGUCAAAAGCUUCCAGCUACCAUUGACUGGCACUUUAUUGGACACCUUCAAAGCAACAAGUGCAAGACAGUAGCAGCUAUUCCCAAUCUGUUUUUGGUAGAGACGAUUGAUGGUAUUAAAAAGGCCGAUGCUUUAAAUAAAGCAUGUGGUACUGUUGGACGUCAAAACAAGCUCAAAGUGUAUGUGCAAGUAAAUACUAGCGGCGAAGAAGCAAAGAGCGGUGUUCCUGCCUCGGAAGCGUUGGAUGUUUGUAAGCAUAUUAAGGAAAAUUGCCCCGCUUUAGAAUUGUAUGGAUUGAUGACUAUUGGUAUGAAGGAUCGUGAUGCAGCUAAUAAUCCUGAUUUUGAGAAAAUUGUUCAAUUGCGAACAGAUAUCCAAGCAGAGUUACAGCUUGAUCGUUUUGAAGCAAGUUUCGGUAUGUCUUCUGACUUUAAGGAAGCCUUAUCUGAAGGAUCAAAUAACGUACGUGUUGGCACUGCCAUUUUUGGAGGAAGACCUCCCAAAGCAUAAAAAAUAUAAUAAAAACCACGUCAUCAAACGAGUAAUUUAAAAAAA